AUGGGGAGAACAUGGAAGAGAAAACAAAGGGCGGAAGACAUACAGGAAGGAAAGGAAGUUUCAAUGAGGCCAGAUGCAGAAGCCACGAAAGAAGAGAGAAGAAGGGAGAGAAGGCCUCCUCUCCUCGCCGUAACUUUUGUUAGAAAAGCGGCGAACUCGGAUUCCCCUAUCGGCAUCGAAGAAUUGUGCAAUCGGAUCUACGGUGGGGUGUUCAUGAAUCCUAACAAACUGAAGUUCUGGGUCGACCAAGAUCUCGAAAAGCAUUGCUUCUUGUUGCUUGCUCAAGAGUUAUCCAUCACUGGGAUCAACAAUGAGCGAUACUGGGGUUGGAUCGACCAGAAGGAAAAAUGCAGAGGGUGGCAUGCUCCAGUGAACCUAAACCUGGCCCUACUGGAUGGAACCACGCAGGGACGUAUUGAGAAUUUGGAGGAGAAGCGGAAGGGUGAAUGGAUAAACAUCCUUGUCGGUACAUUCAUGACGAAUCCGAAGAAUGUUGGCGAGAUAAACUUUAGGCUAGUUUGUGCAUGA